UUGUUGUCAGAGGGACUGUUGUGAAAAUGGCGACGUCGCGUCGCUCAUCCCAGCAACAGCCGCAGCAACAGCAUCAGAGUCUGUCUUCUCCUCCGCGCAACACUUCUCUCUCCCUUACUCCCCCGGGUUCUCCUUCGGCACCAGUAGGCGCAGCAAUUUCGGCUCCAGCUGGCGCAGAGCAGGAUAGCAGUGGAGACUCGGAGGUAACUCCGGCCUCCCCCGAUAUCCCCGCUCCGGGCCUCAGUGCUAGCAGCAGUACCAGCUCAGCCUCAACCGACGGGGGCAGCAACAGCGGAACGAGUCCCGACUCUGGCUCAAUAACAAGCCCGUUGGGCGGCGGCUGUGGGACUAGCGGAGCAUUUAGGGAGCUGUUUGAGGCCUGUCGCAAUGGAGACGUGUCCCGGGUAAAGAGGUUGGUGGAUUCGGUAAAUGUGAACGCCAAGGACAUGGCUGGACGCAAAUCAACGCCGCUGCACUUCGCUGCAGGGUUUGGUAGGAAGGAUGUUGUCGAACACCUCCUGCAGACGGGCGCUAACGUGCACGCGCGAGACGACGGCGGCUUGAUCCCGCUGCACAACGCCUGCUCGUUCGGCCACGCCGAGGUGGUCAGCCUGCUGCUGUGCCAGGGCGCCGACCCCAACGCCCGCGACAACUGGAACUACACCCCCCUGCACGAGGCCGCCAUCAAGGGCAAGAUCGACGUGUGCAUCGUGCUGCUCCAGCACGGAGCCGACCCCAGCAUCCGCAACACCGACGGGAAGUCCGCCCUGGACCUGGCAGACCCCUCCGCCAAGGCUGUGCUGACCGGUGAAUACAAGAAGGACGAACUCCUGGAGGCAGCGAGGAGUGGAAAUGAAGAGAAGCUGAUGGCCCUGCUUACUCCGUUAAAUGUCAACUGCCACGCCAGCGAUGGCCGCAAGUCGACAUCCCAAAAAAUGCUGUCCACCCCCCUGCACCUGGCGGCCGGGUACAACCGGGUCAGAAUCGUCCAGCUACUGCUGCAGCACGGCGCCGACGUCCACGCCAAGGACAAAGGUGGCCUGGUUCCCCUGCACAACGCCUGCUCCUACGGACACUACGAGGUCACCGAGCUGCUCCUCAAGCACGGUGCCUGUGUUAAUGCCAUGGACCUGUGGCAGUUCACCCCUCUGCACGAGGCCGCCUCUAAGAACCGCGUGGAGGUGUGCUCCCUGCUGCUCAGCCACGGGGCCGACCCCACCCUCGCCAACUGCCACAGCAAGAGCGCCAUCGACAUGGCACCUUCCCCCGAGCUGAAGGAGCGGCUCACCUAUGAGUUUAAGGGUCACUCCCUCCUGCAGGCUGCCCGUGAGGCGGACAUGGCGAAGGUGAAAAAGAGCCUCGCUCUGGAGAUCAUAAACUUCAAACACCCGCAGUCCCAUGAGACGGCGCUGCACUGUGCAGUCGCCUCACCCCACCCCAAACGCAAGCAGGUGACUGAACUACUGCUGCGCAAGGGAGCCAACGUCAACGAGAAGAACAAAGACUUUAUGACCCCGCUUCAUGUUGCUGCUGAGAGGGCACACAAUGACAUCAUGGAGGUUCUGCAGAAACACGGAGCCAAGAUGAAUGCCCUGGACACGCUGGGGCAGACAGCCCUGCACAGGGCCGCUCUCGCGGGGCACCUCCAGACCUGCAGGCUGCUGCUGAGCUACGGGGCCGACCCUGCCAUCGUCUCCCUGCAGGGCUUCACCGCCGCGCAGAUGGGCAACGAGGCCGUGCAGCAGAUCCUCAACGAAAACAUUCCGGUGCGGAACACUGAUGUCGAUUACCGGCUUCUGGAAGCAGCCAAAGCUGGCGACCUGGACACUGUGAAGCAACUGUGCUCCCCGCAGAAUGUGAACUGCCGGGACCUGGAGGGCCGCCACUCGACCCCGCUGCACUUUGCGGCCGGGUACAACCGCGUGGGCGUGGUGGAGUACCUGCUGCACCACGGGGCCGACGUCCACGCCAAAGACAAGGGGGGGCUGGUCCCGCUGCACAACGCCUGCUCCUACGGGCACUACGAGGUGGCCGAGCUGCUGGUCAGGCACGGGGCCUCCGUCAACGUGGCCGACCUGUGGAAGUUCACCCCCCUGCACGAGGCAGCAGCCAAGGGCAAAUAUGAGAUCUGCAAACUGCUGCUGAAGCACGGGGCCGACCCCACCAAGAAGAACCGCGACGGGAACACCCCUCUGGACAUGGUGAAGGAGGGGGACACGGACAUCCAGGACCUGCUGCGGGGCGACGCCGCCCUGCUGGACGCCGCCAAGAAGGGCUGCCUGGCCCGCGUGCAGAAGCUCUGCAGCCCCGAGAACAUCAACUGCAGGGACACCCAGGGGCGCAACUCCACCCCCCUGCACCUGGCCGCUGGCUACAACAACCUGGAGGUAGCGGAGUACCUCCUGGAGCACGGCGCAGACGUGAACGCGCAGGACAAAGGAGGACUCAUCCCGCUGCACAACGCAGCCUCCUACGGGCACGUGGACAUCGCAGCCCUCCUGAUAAAGUUCAACACCUGCGUCAACGCCACGGAUAAGUGGGCCUUCACCCCGCUGCACGAGGCCGCACAGAAGGGCCGGACACAGCUGUGUGCCCUGCUGCUGGCCCACGGAGCCGACCCCACCAUGAAGAACCAGGAGGGCCAGACCCCGCUGGACCUUGCCACGGCUGAUGACAUCAGAGCCCUGCUGAUUGACGCCAUGCCCCCGGACGCCCUGCCCAGCUGCUUUAAGACGCUGGCCACGGUGGUCAGCGCUUCGGUCAUCUCCCCCGCCUCCACGCCCUCCUGCCUGUCCGCAGCCAGCAGCAUCGACAACCUGGCGGGGCCCCUGGCCGACCUGGCCGUGUCCGGGGCCUCGGGGCCCGCAGACGGGGCCUCCGGCUCCGACAGGAAGGAGGGAGAGAUCGCCAUUUUGGACAUGAACAUCAGCCAGUUCCUGAAGAGCCUGGGUCUGGAGCACCUGAGGGACAUCUUCGAGAGGGAGCAGAUAACGCUGGACGUGCUGGCUGACAUGGGUCACGAGGAGCUGAAGGAGAUCGGCAUCAACGCCUACGGCCACCGCCACAAGCUCAUCAAGGGCAUCGAGAGGCUGCUGGGAGGUCAGCAAGGUGGCAACCCGUACCUGACGUUCCACUGCGCCAGCCAGGGCACGGUGCUCAUCGACCUGGCCCCCGACGACAAGGAGUUCCAGUCUGUUGAGGAGGAGCUGCAGAGCACCAUUCGGGAGCACAGAGACGGCGGCAAUGCAGGGGGUGUGUUCAGCAGGUACAACAUCCUGAAGAUCCAGAAGGUGGUGAACAAGAAGCUGAGAGAGCGCUACGCUCACAGGCAGAAAGAAAUCGCAGACGAGAACCACAACCACCACAACGAGCGCAUGCUCUUCCACGGGUCUCCGUUCAUUAACGCCAUCAUCCACAAGGGCUUCGACGAGCGCCAUGCCUACAUCGGGGGCAUGUUCGGAGCCGGGAUCUACUUCGCCGAGAACUCGUCCAAGAGCAACCAGUACGUCUACGGCAUCGGGGGCGGGACCGGCUGCCCCACCCACAAGGACCGGUCCUGUUACAUCUGCCACAGACAGAUGCUGUUCUGCAGGGUGACCCUGGGGAAGUCCUUCCUGCAGUUCAGUGCCAUGAAGAUGGCCCACGCGCCCCCAGGGCACCACUCCGUCAUCGGGAGACCCAGCGUCAACGGCCUGGCCUACGCAGAGUACGUCAUCUACAGAGGAGAACAGGCCUACCCAGAGUACCUGAUCACGUACCAGAUCCUGAAGCCCGAGAGCAGCCCACAGGCCGCUGCGGCCGCAGAGCAGAAGUCCUAGUGCCGCCACGGGCCCGACCGGACCAGCAGAACCGCAGAGACUGUUACUGAACACUUCACACAUUCAGGGCCCUGCCGGCCCUCCUGUCAUUCUGUCUCUUCUUUUACCUUUUGUUUUUCUUUCUCUUUUAACAUGAAGGGUUCCUGUGUACUCAGCAGUCAGGUUUCCCCUCUCCUCCUCUCUCACUCCAUCUCUCCUCUUCUCUCAACCCCCCCCUCUCUCUCCCUCUGUCCCCCCUUACUCUAUGUUGCCUUCCCGCUCUCGCCAGGUUUUUGUUUCUCUCUUUCUCACACUGACAUCCCCGGCAUCCAAAACGUUGGAUAAAGAGCGUCUCCUCAAUGACUGACCCGUGUUGUUUUUGGGAAGGUAUGAGUUUCCAGUGCGUCCGAUGGAACGCAUUCCCUUCAUUGAGAAUAAUGGUUCAUCUGUGGAAUACUGCGAUGCUUACCAGUGACCUCUGACCCAUGAACUCUUCCCCUGAACCCCCAGAAGCUAUGGAAGUGAUCGCAGGGGCUCUCUCACUCAGUAACAAUAAGACAGGGGUAAGGCAGGCAAGACAUGAGUUUGCUGGUAUGAAAUGGAGAUAAGCUCCACCAAUCACAGUGCAGGUUGGUAAUGGCAGGAGGUGAUUGGUGGUGGUGAUGGUUGGGUACUUCCUAGAUCCCUCUGGGCGUUCGGAAGAUGUGGUAUCCAGCAAUCGCCAUGAGAGUUGAUUGUGGAGCUGAGCCUUCCUUUCAGAAAGGAUUCAUAUUUUAUCCGUGUUUUAUCCCUUGCUGUUUACAUGGCACGACUUGUUUCCGUUAAUCAAACCCCAUACAGAGCAUUACAUCCGCUUUAGCCCUCUUGGCUUCCUUUUCUUCUGUUUUAUUGUGAUGGACAUGAGUUUUAUUCCAGACUUUGUCUUUAGGGAGCUCGACGUGCUGUAAAAUGGACCAUGGCACGAUUUAAACUGUCGGGACCUUAACCUUUGUGUAACAUUUUAUAGCUAAUAUUCCUAUUUUAUGGCUUCUUUUUUUAUUUUUAUUUUUUGUAUGAAUGUCCUCCAUUUUUUAUUUUUACAUCCUCCAAUUUCUUCAGAGAAAGGCCUGGUGUCCAGUUAUUUUCCCUCCAUUUUGACUUUAAGAGGGGCUCUGGAAAGGUGAGGGCGCGCAGCUGGAGGGAAGAGAAGUUCCCUAGAAGACAUGGAAAAAACGGUGGAAACUCGAGACAGAGUGCCAUAGCCCAAGUCGCUGUCAUCUUACCGACCUAACACUCACGUUUUAAAGGAUUUGCACUUUUAAACAGGAAAGAUUUAAGUUAUUUGAAAUUAACUGAAAAUGACAUUAUUGAAAAAAAAUUCUGUCCAUUAAUGUACAGCUUGUGUAAAAGACUGCCUUUGUAAAGCUUUUGAUGUUGUUUACUGAUGAAGAUUUGACUUUAUUAGUACUGUAUAUGAAGUGGGGUUUUUCUCCUUGGGUAUUUCUUUUUCCCCACUUACGAAGAAGGAAUAGCUUGGUCGUCCAGGUUCAGUAGGUGUCUUUUCUUUUUUUUUUUUUUUUGGUUCUCUCUGGUUUUGAAUAAAUAUUAAAUGUAGGAAAGAGGUGUCCGUCUGUCUGUCUGUUGCAGUCAGGAUCCACAUCCAUUCCAGUGCAGUUUCCCCCCCCCCCCCCCUAUUUUGUUUGUUGGAUUCUAACCUCUGAUACAACAUUAGCAGGUUUGGUGUUGUAUUCUAACCUCUGGUGCAGCAUUAGCUGGUUUGGUUUUGUAUUAUAACCUCUUGAUACAGCAUUAAGAGCUCGGGACCUUAAGAUGAAAAUACUAUUCAUAUGUCACUGGCUCCUCCCCUAACUCCUCCCCCGACAGUCACCUGUACACCCGUAGCCAUGGAAACGGGCAUUUGCGUCCAGUCUGCUCGCUGUUCAACCUUGAGGUCCGGGUGACCGAGCUUUGGAACGUGACUCACAGGAAGUGACCUUAUACAACUGGUAAUGGGAUUAGACGAGCUUGGGACACAGUGCAGUUGGCAACAUCACUGAUCGCCUUGCGAGAUUGGCUGAUACUGGUGCGCUCCCGUCUCCUUUGACGAGCCGCCCAGACCCCGUUAAUUCCUCCUCACUGAUUGGCCGGAUAACCGCCCCCUUCCCCCACACACACGCACCACCAACGCCUGCUCAGAAAAACUUUCAUUUCUUUUUGCUUCUUUCUCACGUUCUUUUCCCUCCCUCCUCGUGGUUUCUUUUUCUCCGCGGACGAAACCAAAUCUUGCUUCGACUCGUUUAUCAGCACUGACCUGUCCUAACACUCCUCAGCACUGUAAACCAGUCUUAAUAAAAUACACUACACUUAA